AUGUUUCCUCAAAACAAUGCAACCGAGACACACGAUCUGGAAGAGCCUCGUACUCCAGAGGAGGAUCGGAUUGAGAGUGUUGUCAUUCUUGUGGUAUCGGUUUUGUCACUUUGCGGUGCUGGAUUCAUCAUGACAAGCUACUGGAUCUUCCCGAACUUGCGAUCUUUCCGUCACCGUCUUAUCAUCGGACUCGCGAUAAGUGACUUCCUCAUGGCAUUCAACUUCCUCUGCUCAACAGCGAUGAAUCUCAGUGGCAGACUUAUCAAAGAUCCUCAACAGACCAGCUUUUGUAGCCUCAAUGGCUUCAUGGCCCAGGUCUUCGUCAUUCAAACCGACUACUGGGUCUUGACCAUUGGUGUUUGCACAUUCUUCAUCUUGACUGGCCAAAAAAAGCGAGCAAGCUGGGUGCAGAACCACGAAGUCGUCAUCUGGGGACUUCCAUGGGUUUCCUCGGUUUUAUGGGCAUCUAUAGGCCUCGGAGCGGCCGGCUACAAGAGCAUUGGGGCUUGGUGCUGGUUCAAGUCAGACAAAGUCAGGUUGCUCGCCAACUUCGUUCCUCGAUGGAUUAUCAUAUUCAUCAUGUUUGCACUUUAUGCAUAUCUCGCCCUUGUCCUUUAUAGAGCCCACAACAGGUUAAGCUCAAUGCAGGAAUCUCCUGGGCAUCUGGAGUCCGGGUACUCGACUCAAGAUGGCAGCCGGGCAGCAAGCACUCACGAAGGGCUUGAAGGCCGAUCCAUGGUUUCCAUUCGAAGGCUCAAAAGGAUUGCUCGCCUAUUGCUUUUGUAUCCGCUUGCUUACGCUAUCAUCUGGUCCCUCCCAACUGCCAUCCGGAUAUACCAGGCAACAACGAAUAAGUCGGCACCAUUCGCAUUGCAAAACAUCGACCAAGCCUGCAUCGUGGUUCAGGGGCUUGUCGACGCCGUAAUCUACGGUAUGAACGAGACCUCAGUAGCAAGCUAG